GGUGUGCUGCCUGAUUCCCACGCUGCAUGCAUCUGCAAGCAGCCCCCCUCCACCGCCUUGGCGCCCUACCCUUCUCGAACCCUGUCGCCGUCACUUUGACAGGCUGCUGCUGAACAAACAAAGAGCUGUCUGGAUAUUUUGCCGCCGACACUACCAAGUUAAUGUUGGGAUCCGUGGGUUGAGCCCCAGCAAGUUCCCCAUGUUUCCUCCGAGCCAGGCAGCUCUUUCACCGGAGCUGUCUCCCCGGCCUUCGAUACCACACCCCUGGUCUGUAGGCCAGCCACGUUCGGUCUUUCCCUGGGCAGACAUAUAGAAGACCAGCGUGCCUUCCUCCGUUGCAAGCUCUGAGUCCACGCGCCCUGCCCCAACACCCUGCGCCCUUUUCUGUUCAGCAAUGGGCCCAUCUUUGUUCUUUAACCCCAGACCUAAUUAGCCAGCAUAGCUCCUUCCUUCCUUCCCGGCCCCUCCUACGGCCUUACUCCCGCCGCUUUGUUGCCCUCACGAACACUUUCGCUCACCUCUCCCAUCUCAACAGCCCACCCAGGCAUCCGUUGUUUGUUCUCUUCUUUCUUGUCUUCUCUCUGCCAGCAUAUCUGCACCCCCAUAACACCGAAUCGCUCUCGUCAAUGGCCAUCAUCUUGCCCGGCAUGCAGGCUCAACAGGAAGAUCUCGCUACCCUAUUUGACCGCAACAUGGUCCUGGACCAGAGUGUCCAGCAGCCUCCCCAGCAGGCCCAGGCCCAGGCCCCCCAGAUCACGUAUUCCAUCACCCAGCACUACAACCACUCGUCCCACGUCGCCCGCCAGCAGCAGCAACAGGCCCAGCAGCAGACUGAGCAGCGCCGCUUCUCGGAGCCGUCGCAGUCCGAGUACCCGACCGCGGAGCAGAUCCUGGCUAGCCACGGCAUCAACCCGUCGUCACUCUCGCCCGCGCAGGUCAACCUCUUCAAAGACGCCGACGACGAUCAGAAGCGCCGUCUCGUGGAACUCUGGGGCAUCUUCCCUCCCGCCAACCCGGGUUUCAACUCCAACUCCAACUUUAGAAACUACAACAACUACAAGGCCGCCAACGACUCGGCGAUGGCGUGGUCCGCCACCAGCCUCGAGAACGAGGAGGCCCUGGGCCGCCUGCGCUACGAGCGCCUCCAGCAGCUUCGCCAGUACGAGUGCGAGGGUGCCAUCGCCGCCGCCGCCGCCCGCGAGCGCUCCGUCAUGAUGAGCCUCGACGGAACCGCGGUCGCCGCCGUCCCCUCCCAGGGCCGCGACGGUCGCUGGAACGUGGCCGACGAGAGCGCCGACUACAUGAUGGAGCCCUACAUGUCGUCGGGCUACGAGGUCUCGUCGUCGGCCGCGGCCGUGCCUAGGGAGUACCGCCCGGCCCUGGACCCGGCCUACAGGUCCGCCCACUCGCCCGUCGACUGGGCCACGCGCCAGCGCGCCAUGGAGAACCAGUAUGGCGCCUUCUCGCAGUGCCGCAGGGAGGCCUAGAGGCGAGGCGUCGUCGGCUUCCGGCCCCAUUCGUUUUGCUUGUUCUUCCUCGUCUCUUCAGGGUCUCUUUUAACAAUUUCUUCGGUCACUGUGCGGAGGCGUCCCGGACAAUGAGGUGCAUGUGGCGGCUGCGUUUCUUUCACAACACGGAUUCUGCCAUCUGGCUUAUUAUUUUGCCUUUUCGGAAGCAGGAGUUUUAGGGCAUCGCAUCAGCCCCCACCAACGGGACAGGAAGGGUCCUUGGGAAUGGGUCAAUGGUUGGCAACCUCCAGAUAAUAUGGAGGGGUGGACUUAUACAUAGAAACCUGCCAUGGCCUUCGCGCCGUUAACCACCAGUUUAUCAUGUCUAUUGUGCGAGCUGUGGUCUGUCCUAUAUCAGCCCU